AUGGCAGGCAUCCGCGCUCUCCUGAUUAGCGCAACAGCCAUCUUCCUGGCCGUACUUUUUCGCAGCUCCCCGUACGUCAUGACGACAAGCAACCCGUCGGGCUCCAAGCCCUGGGCCGACGGCCCGCUGGCGCUCAUCCCCACGCCACUUCACACCACGGAAAAGACAGAUCUUUUCACCACGGGCGCCUCGCAUAUGGCCAUGUUGCACAACGCUAUCCACAGAGGCUACAACUCCAUCUACCACCAGGCCGUCCACGUGCGCGACGUCGAUAAGGCGGAUUUCGUCGGCUAUUGUCUGACCUGGCACAAGUUUGUCGUCUCACACCACGACGACGAAGAGAAUGUUCUCUUUUCCCAGAUGGAAGAGCUGCUUGGCGACAAAGAGAUCUGGGGGAAGACGCAUCAGGAGCAUGAGGCUUUUCUCCCCGGGCUCGCCGAGUUUCACAAGUAUUUAAGCACACUAGCCUCGCCCGCCGACUUCUCGGGCGCGGAUCUGCUCAAGAUCAUGGCUGGGUUCCAGGCACCUUUCGAGGAGCACUUCCGGUCCGAAAUAUCUACCAUCGCGGACCUCGCCGCACACCCCAACGCGCCCAAGUCCGGCACCCCCGAGGCCGACAAGGCGGCGGCCACCUUCUCGGCCUGGGGCAAGAAGACGGUUAUGAAGGCUGGCGUCUCCGAUGUCGUACCCUUCUUCCUCGUCAACCUGGAUGCCUCGUACGAGGGCGGCCGCUGGGCCAACUGGCCGCCUAUCCCGCCGCCUAUCAAGUGGUCUCUUGUGAACCUGGUUGGCUCCUGGUAUGGCGGCCGCUGGCGUUUUGCCAGCUGCGACGGCGCUGGCAACAGGAGGGAGCUGUCUGCCCUGGAGUAG